CACUAUCCACUCACGGAAUUCCUAUUACGGAGUAUAUCGACGGGUCUCCUUCGCUUGGCUCAUUCCCUCGCGAUCGGUCACAGGAUGCCCCCCGCCAAUACCCCUGCGCGUCGCGUCGCGCCCGCCGAUGUCUCAACCUCGGCCACCAACAUCCUCCUCUUUCUGAUCGCCUUUCGCAUUCUCAAUGCCUUUACCCUUCGCACCUUCUUCCAGCCAGAUGAAUUCUUUCAAUCGCUGGAACCCGCAUGGCAGAUUGCCUUUGGCAAGGAGCAGGGCGCCUGGAUAACCUGGGAAUGGCGAUACCAACUACGCUCCUCGUUACACCCGCUUCUAUUUGCUGCGGUCUAUAAGGCCUCCGAUUUCCUGGCCACCUCCCUUCACCUCUCCGCCGCCACGAGCGCGGAACUCCUCGUCGCCAGCCCCAAGGUCGCACAGGCCAUUGUGGCAGCCAUCGGCGAUUUUUACACUUGGAAACUAGCGACUCGCAUCUAUGGGAGGGAUUCGCGCGGAUCGUGGACAACAUUACUUGUUACGCUCCUCAACCCUUGGCAAUGGUUCUGCUCGACAAGAACCUUGUCAAAUUGCCUGGAAACUACAAUCACUAUUGUCGCGCUGGACCUCUGGCCGUGGCAGUGGUCAGCAGGAGGAUCUCCGGCCGGGGAUAGCCGCAAGAAUGAGAGGGGCACGGCCGAGGAUCGAGCGCUUCUGUCAAGCCUCCGCCAAUGUUUACUUUUGUCGGCCCUCGCUUGUAUUCUGCGACCGACCAAUGUUUUGAUCUGGGCGACCUUGGCCAGCAUCGCUUGGUUCCGAAAUUCCUGGGACAAACGCAUCAUACUUAUUCGCGAAGUCUUGAUUUGCGGAUCGGCCAUUCUCGCUGUCUCCGCCAUCGCGGACCGUCUCUUCUAUGGGUUAUGGACUUUCCCACCACUCCGAUUUCUGUACUUCAACAUCGCGCAAUCACUGGCUGUCUUCUACGGCCGAAAUGAUUGGCACUACUACUUGUCGCAGGGCCUGCCCCUUCUUCUGACGACGGCACUGGUCCCUGCCCUCGUCGGUCUUUACCAAACAUUGACCAACCGAAGCUUCUCCGCCAGCGAUAGGCUGCAGACAAUGACCCGGAUUCAGUUAGCAACGAUCUGCCUGGUGAUGCCAUUCGUCCUGUCUUUGAUCUCGCACAAGGAAGUACGCUUCAUCUACCCGCUACUUCCAGCACUCCACAUCCUCGCAGCGCAGCCACUAGUUCGGUUCUUCGCCCCGGCCAUCUACUACAGGUCCUCGGCGGCAUACACCCCACAAAGACUGCUCCUCAUCUUCUUGGUCCUUGUCAAUGCGGUGAUAGCAUUUUAUACGAGCGUCUGGCACGCUUCAGGGGUCCUCAACAUCAUGACUUACCUCCGACAACAGCACGAAGCCCACGUAACAGACACAUCCUUCUUCUCCGGCCCAACAAACAAAGGAAUAACUGCAGGCUUCUUAAUGCCAUGCCACAGCACCCCUUGGCGAUCCCACCUAGUCUACCCAACAAUCGACGCCUGGGCCCUAUCCUGCGAACCCCCAAUCGACUUCAGCGAGUCCGAAAAAGCCGUCUACCGCGACGAAGCAGACCAAUUCUACGACGACCCAGCUCAAUUCUUACAAGAUAACAUGGCCGGUGGUCUCCGCCAUCUCCCCACAAGACCAAGCUACACCACCACGCCCGCCGACCCCUCCCUCACCGGCUCCAAACACCAACACCAAUGGCCAGACUACCUAAUAUUCUUCCAACAACUCGAGCCAACCCUCCAACCUCUCCUCCGCAUGUCCUUCUACCGCGAAUGCUGGCGCACGCACAACACAGCCUGGCACGACGACUGGCGCCGCACCGGCGACGUCAUCGCCUGGUGCCUCGACACAACCGAACAAGACACCUGGCGCGAAAAACAACGACAAACCGAACUCGCCCGCAAACGCUGGGCCACCGCAACAAGCGCCAUAACCAACACUCACGAAUUCCACAUCGACCGCAUGCUCGAAGCGCUAAAGAAUUCAGAAGCCCAGUCGCAAAAUAGCGGGUGGGCCCGUUUCAUCCCCAGCCGCUCGACGUUCUCGCUCUCAGCGCCCUGGUCCUCCAACCAGCCCAGCAUGCGCGAGAAGUUUGCGGCGUGGCGGCGUGGUGUUGCGGCUUAUUUUGGACCCCGGCCGUCGAGGAUUUGGAGGUUGGGACGCUCGACGCCGAAUGUUCGGGAUUGGAUUCCGGAUCCGAGGUGCUUUUUGUCUUGGAGGUGGUGGGUUCUUGGGGAGUCGUUGGAACUUACUAGAGAGAGGGAGUUGUAUUCUUGA